AUGUGCAUAUUGCUUCAGGCAGUCGUUGAACACUGGCCGUCAGUAUAUCCUAAUAACGAGUGUCCGCUGAGAUUUUCAUAUGAAAGUCCAUCCCUGCAUUCGCAUUUCAGCGGGGAGAAUACUCCUGAGCGAGCCGACAAAAUUUACCAUCAUCGGGUAAAGAUUCGUCGUAACGCGAUCAUCAAAAGAGCUGUGCUGACUCGAUUUUCAGCUAUGCUUCCAGUUCCUGGAACAGAUCGUAUAGGCUGA